GUUUUAAAAACUAAUAGUGUUGCCAGAUGUUUUUUUUUAAGAAUCUCAACUCAAAGCAAUAUAUUAUGGCAAUAUAGUCUGCGCAGCCUCCCCGUAAUCAUCCAGCCCCUCUCCUUCUCCCUUUGUAGCAGCGACCCGGGGAAGAUUUGAAAGGGAGUUGAGUCCCGAAGCCCCUCCUCAUCGAUUGUGCCCAGCGACGGUGCUUUAAUUUCAUUGUUUGAGGCGAGCGACGCCCCGCACAGACCGGCGAGGAUCAAACACGUCGCGCGGCCAGUUCGCUUUUCUCAUGGAAAUCGUAGCCUACCUCCCAGUUGCACGUGGAGUUUUACACAUGCUAAGGAAAUAAACGUAUAGACUACGCGCUGUUGCGCCGAAACUCAUCAGAAGGGAGUAUGUUCGACAACCCGGUCGUGUUCUGUGGGUUUGCACGUUUCGUCUUCCUUGGAGGCUAGAAAUAUAGUUAGAGAGGCAAAGAAAGUGGCGGCAGCGCAAGAAGUGCACCGAUUGUGCUUUGCUCCGUGUGGUUUCUCUCCAUGCGUGAUGUGUCCGUGGCACGAAUGAAGCGGGUGCCUUUUUUGCCAAAUGCACGCAGAAUGAGUGACUUAUUUCCCAUCUUCACGUCGGGUUAGUAGACUUUUUAUCAUACCGAGCCUUCGUGGUGUUCGUUGAUUUGCAAGAUUUGUGCAGAAGCGGAUUCACUGCGCCUCUAGGGCAGUUUUUCAAAAAUGCUUCCAUGGAUGGUCAUCUGCGCGUUACUCUGUGUAUACCAUGCCGGGGCAGCCUGCCCAGCCGGCUGUGAGUGUUCCGAGGCUGCCCUAACGGUGAAGUGCGUUUCGAAAGACCUCCAGCAUAUUCCGAGUGGUAUCCCAGGCUACACCAGGAAUUUGUUUAUCACCGGGAACCAGAUCAACCGUAUCGGACCCGAAUCCUUUAAAGGACUGGUCAAUGUGACAACUUUGUCACUGAGCAACAACAGGAUUUCUCAGAUUGAAUCGAACACAUUCGCUGAUCUGCGCAGCCUCCGCUCCCUGGACCUGAGUGGCAACCAGCUGGCCAUCAUUCACCCGGAGGCGUUCUCUGCUCCAAGCCGCACACUGCGAGACCUCAACCUCAGUCGCUCGCUCUACAAUCACACGGCCGUCAAGGACCUGGCCGCCUCUCUCCGCUUGAGCGCGCUGUCCAGUCUCCAAGGCCUGGACCUGAGCGGCAACGGCCUCAUCUACCUGCCCGACUACAUUUUCUCUCACCUGGGCAGCCUACGUCGGCUGCAGUUGGCCAACAACUCCUUGGUGGCCCUCCACAAUGGCACCUUCGCCUCGCUGGAGCGUCUCGAGGAGCUGGACCUCACCCUCAACGCCUUCCGCACCUUCCGCGAGGAGGCCCUGCGCGAGUUUGACCGGCUCCCUUGGGCGCGACUCCACCUGGGACUUAACCCGUACACGUGCACGUGCGGCAUCGAGCCGUUCGCCGCCUGGCUGAACGAGUCGCGGGCACGCGUGGCGGACGCCGAGCGCCUGGUGUGCGCCUUCCCCGCCGCCAUGCGCAACACCUCCAUCCUCGGCGUGUCCGACGUGCCCCUGGGGUGCCACCGGGCGGGCGAGGGCCCCGACCUGGCGCUGCAGACGUCCUACGUCUUCCUGGGCAUCGUGCUGGGCUUCGUCGGCCUCAUGUUCCUCUUCGUGCUCUACCUGAACCGCAAGGGCAUCAAGAAGCGCAUCUACGACAUGCGCGACGCCUGCCGGGAGGUGUGGGAGGGCUACCACUACCGCUACGAGAUCGACUCCGACCCGCGACUCUCACACGUCUCCUCGAGCGCGGACGUGUGACGCUCAAACGCACAAACAAUCUCCCACUGAGCGUAUGUGGACAUGUGGCCGGUGUUGAUGUUUGUUUGUUUGUUUGUUUGUUUGUUUGGUUUUUUUUUAUUGCAUUUUUACCUAGUUGGAGAUCAGUGGAAACUAUGUGCCAUAUGUUGUGUAUAUAUAGAUCUAUAUUAUUACGAUGAUCAAUAGAAUAUUUCCACGGAAGCAUGCACUGCCUGAUCUCUUGUCAGUGUUACUUAAUCCAAUGUCAUGCCCUGGUGCCCCUACAUGCAGACGUGCACCCACUCACCCACCCGCACGGCACAUAAACACACAACAGCAGUUAGGUUAAAAGAAAUCCGGCACGUUGUGUCUGGCUAGAGUAGCCCAUUUGUUUUCAUCGUCAAGUGGGCUGGAUCGUUGUGCUCAUGCUCGGUGAUACAGCUGAUAAGUGCCUUGUACCUGUGAUUGGUCGGGAAGGAGGGGAAAAAAAACCCAAGUUGAAGGACUAAGGCCAUAGGUUGCUUCUUCACUGAUGCGCACCGUAUCACGACAUCAAGAUAAUGGAGAAAGGGGCGUGGUGAUCCUAAGAUGUGGGUGUCGCCAGGACGUUGCCUAUGAAAACCCACUCUCUCUCUUUUUUUCUUUCUUUCUUUUCUCUUCUUCAAAGCACAUCUGUUGGCUAUAAGCACCAGGACAAUCCCCUUGGACUUGUGUCGCCCCUACCCCAGGGAACCUGGAAAGAAUCCGAGCAGCUUAUUCAUAGCAUUCCAACACCAGGAUAACGUCUCCUAAGAUGUCCGAGAGCCUUUGCACCGCCCCCCCCCCCCCCCCCAAAAGACUUUUUUCUUUACCAGAGAAUUUGAAGGAUAGCAUUUUUUUAGUGCAUAACCAGUGGUGGAAAUCACAAGUCCUCUCCCUCUCUCUCUGUUUCCCUCCUUUGCUUCUUGCUUUGUUUUUAUUCUCUCCAGUUUUAUUGUCAGGAUGAUGAGAGCCAGUCCCCCCAGCCCAGGCUGCUGAAACUGAUCCCUUUCUCCUCAAAAGACAACAGACGCUUUUGCAGAGAGAGGGGGAGAGGAGAGAGAGAGAGAGAAAGAAAGAAAGAGAGAGAGCUCUUUGAAGGGAAGCCUGCCCUGGUCUGUCAUAAGUGCAGCAGCUUUUUCUGUUUAGGGGUGUGGGGGGAGGAGGGUAGGGGACUUUGCAUUGAUAAGAUACAGAUGAUCCCAUCUCACUUAAGGGUUUCCUUCCUUCGCUGUGGGGGGAAGCGCUCUCCAGCUCAACUCUUUCACUUCAACUCACUGUGCCCCUGCACAGUGCUGUAAGCCAAUAUUUGGACUUUGACAGUGUACAUUAAAACGUACAUGCGCCACAUCAUUUUGUUUUAUGAUGUAUGUAAAGCAAAUAUAUACAUAACGUGAUGUUUGGAAGUGGUCCUUUAUUACGUACUGUCUAAUUAUUCUGCUCUUAUUCGCUGCUUUUUUCAAUCUUUUUUUUUUCACUGUGGGCUCUGGAGUGUUUCAUGAUCUAUGAGGUGUCAUGGCAACUGCGUCCACUUAUCUGAGAUGGAUAAAACUUUGUGGCAGGGCAUUUUAAAGCAGAGAUGUUUCCUGAAAAGUCUGUAUAGUCUUCCAGUUAGUAUCUAUUCGAUAAGCAUGUUCCUUUACUUUGUUUUCCAACACAAAUCGUCACAAUCUAAAGAACAUUACUUACUAAGGCAUGGUAAGCUUUGAAGUUAUCUUUGUGUAUUUGUACACCCUUUAACAUUAAUCCUGUACUGUAAAUCACUGUCAACGUGCGACACCAUUUAUAGAGGGGAGAGAAGUGCUUUGGAGUCCACAUUGCCUAUGCAAGUUCAGUUAGCACUAAGAAAGGAGGUAGAUAGAUUGGAAUUCCAUGGAUGGCGAGAAAGAGUGUCGCCUCAGAGGAGAUCAGUCAUGCCUCGCCACAAGAUGCAGGAUCUGAGGCGGCCGUGGCGUCACACUGAAAAACUCAUGCAUGGUCACAAUUAGCAGCAUCAGGCCAUUGUCUUGUAAUUUGCUUGAUCCGGUCAUUGCUGUAGGCAAUUUUCUCUGCUUGCUGACAAUAAUAAAAAAAAUGUUUUAAAACUA